AUGACUUCAAAGCAGAAAAGAAUUUUAAACGACCUUCAAUGCAUCAUUCAAGGCAUUCAUAAAGAAAACCAGGAGAAAUCUUUGGAGAAUAAUAUUCUUAAGGAUAAAAACAAUGAAGAUAAUAUAUCAGAGUUAGGAAAUCUACUAGAUGACUGGGAAAACCAAUGUGAGAAACAAUUUACACCAUUGGAAAUUAUAAAUCUUGAUGGAGAUGAUUCGGACGAUAAUGAAAAAACGAAAAAUGCCAUGGAUUGUUGUACCAAAAUGACUUCAGAGCAGAAAAGAAUUUUAAACGGCCUUCAAUGCAUCAUCCAAGGCAUUCAUAAAGAAAACCAGGAGAAAUCUUUGGACAAUAAUAUUCUUAAGGAUAAAAACAAUAAAGAAAAUAUAUCAGAGUUAGGAGAUCUACUAGAUGACUGGGAAAACCAAUGUGAGAAACAAUUUACACCAUUGGAAAUUAUAAAUCUUGAUGAAGAUGAUUCAGACGAUAAUGAAAAAACGAAAAAUGCCAUGGAACAGAAAAUAAUUUUAAACAACCUCCAAUGCAUUAUUCAAGGCAUUCAUGAAGAAAACCAGAAGAAAUCUUUGGAGAAUAAUAUUCUUAAGGAUAAAAGCAAUGAAGAACAUAUAUCAGAGUUAGGAGACCUACUAGAUGAGUGGGAAAACCAAUGUGAAAAACAAUUUACACCAUUGGAAAUUAUAAAUCUUGAUGGAGAUGAUUCGGACGAUAAUGAAAAAACGAAAAAUGCCAUGGAUUGUUGUACCAAAAUGACUUCGCAGCAGAAAAUAAUUUUAAACAACCUCCAAUGUAUUAUUCAAGGCAUUCAUGAAGAAAACCAGGAGAAAUCUUUGAAGAACAAUAUUCUUAAGGAUAAAAGCAAUGAAGAAAAUAUAUCAGAGUUAGGAGAUCUACUGGAUGAGUGGGAAAACCAAUGUGAAAAACAAUUUACACCAUUGGAAAUUAUAAAUCUUGAUAAAGACGAUUCGGGCGAUAAUAAAAAAACGAAAAAUGCCAUGGAUCAGAAAAUAAUUUUAAACAACCUCCAAGGCAUUAUUCAAGGCAUUCAUGAAGAAAACCAGGAGAAAUCUUUGACGAAUAAUAUUCUUAGGGAUAAAAAUAAUGAAGAAAAUAUAUCAGAGUUAGAAGAUCUACUAGAUGAGUGGGAAAACCAAUGUGAAAAACAAUUUACACCAUUGGAAAUUAUAAAUCUUGAUAAAGACGAUUCGGGCGAUAAUAAAAAAACGAAAAAUGCCAUGGAUCAGGAAAUAAUUUUAAACAACCUCCAAUGCAUUAUUCAAGGCAUUCAUGAAGAAAACCAGGAGAAAUCUUUGACGAAUAAUGUUCUUAAGGAUAAAAACAAUGAAGAAAAUAUAUCAGAGUUAGGAGAUCUACUGGAUGAGUGGGAAAACCAAUGUGAAAAACAAUUUACACCAUUGGAAAUUAUAAAUCUUGAUAAAGACGAUUCGGGCGAUAAUAAAAAAACGAAAAAUGCCAUGGAUCAGGAAAUAAUUUUAAACAACCUCCAAUGCACUAUUCAAGGCAUUCAUAAAGAAAACCAGGAGAAAUCUUUGAAGAAUAAUAUGGAUAAAAACAAUGAAGAAAAUAUAUCGGAGUUAGGAGAUCUACUGGAUGAGUGGGAAAACCAAUGUGAGAAACAAUUUACACCAUUAUGCAUUAUUCAAGGCAUUCAUAAAGAAAACCAGGAGAAAUCUUUGAAGAAUAAUAUUCUUAUGGAUGAAAACAAUGAAGAAAAUAUAUCGGAGUUGGGAGAUCUACUAGAUGAAUGGGAAAACCAAUGUGAAAAACAAUUUAAACCAUUGGAAAUUAUAAAUCUUGAUAAAGACGAUUCGGACGAUAAUAAAAAAACGAAAAAUGCCAUGGAUCAAAAAAGAAUUUUAAACGAUCUACAAUGCAUCAUUCAAGGCAUUCAUGAAGAAAACCAGGAGAAAUCUUUGAAAAAUAAUAUUCUUAAGGAUAAAAACAAUGAAGAAAAUUUAUCAGAGUUAGGAGAUCUACUAGAUGACUGGGAAAACCAAUGUGAGAAACAAUUUACACCAUUGGAAAUUAUAAAUCUUGAUGGAGAUGAUUCGGACGAUAAUGAAAAAACGAAAAAUGCCAUGGAUCAGAAAAGAAUUUUAAACGACCUUCAAUGCAUCAUUCAAGGCAUUCAUAAAGAAAACCAGGAGAAAUCUUUGGAGAAUAAUAUUCUUAAGGAUAAAAAUAAUGAAGAACAUAUAUCAGAGUUAGGAGAUCUACUAGAUGAGUGGGAAAACCAAUGUGAAAAACAAUUUACACCAUUGGAAAUUAUAAAUGUUGAUGGAGAUGAUUCGGACGAUAAUGAAAAAACGAAAAAUGCCAUGGAUUGUUGUACCAAAAUGACUUCGCAGCAGAAAAUAAUUUUAAACAACCUCCAAUGUAUUAUUCAAGGCAUUCAUGAAGAAAACCAGGAGAAAUCUUUGAAGAACAAUAUUCUUAAGGAUAAAAGCAAUGAAGAAAAUAUAUCAGAGUUAGGAGAUCUACUGGAUGAGUGGGAAAACCAAUGUGAAAAACAAUUUACACCAUUGGAAAUUAUAAAUCUUGAUAAAGACGAUUCGGGCGAUAAUAAAAAAACGAAAAAUGCCAUGGAUUGUUGUACCAAAAUGACUUCGCAGCAGAAAAUAAUUUUAAACAACCUCCAAUGCAUUAUUCAAGGCAUUCAUGAAGAAAACCAGGAGAAAUCUUUGAAAAACAAUAUUCUUAAGGAUAAAGACAAUGAAGAAAAUAUAUCAGAGUUAGAAGAUCUACUAGAUGAGUGGGAAAACCAAUGUGAAAAACAAUUUACACCAUUGGAAAUUAUAAAUCUUGAUAAAGACGAUUCGGGCGAUAAUAAAAAAACGAAAAAUGCCAUGGAUCAGGAAAUAAUUUUAAACAACCUCCAAUGCAUUAUUCAAGGCAUUCAUGAAGAAAACCAGGAGAAAUCUUUGACGAAUAAUGUUCUUAAGGAUAAAAACAAUGAAGAAAAUAUAUCAGAGUUAGGAGAUCUACUGGAUGAGUGGGAAAACCAAUGUGAAAAACAAUUUACACCAUUGGAAAUUAUAAAUCUUGAUAAAGACGAUUCGGGCGAUAAUAAAAAAACGAAAAAUGCCAUGGAUCAGGAAAUAAUUUUAAACAACCUCCAAUGCACUAUUCAAGGCAUUCAUAAAGAAAACCAGGAGAAAUCUUUGAAGAAUAAUAUGGAUAAAAACAAUGAAGAAAAUAUAUCGGAGUUAGGAGAUCUACUGGAUGAGUGGGAAAACCAAUGUGAGAAACAAUUUACACCAUUAUGCAUUAUUCAAGGCAUUCAUAAAGAAAACCAGGAGAAAUCUUUGAAGAAUAAUAUUCUUAUGGAUGAAAACAAUGAAGAAAAUAUAUCGGAGUUGGGAGAUCUACUAGAUGAAUGGGAAAACCAAUGUGAAAAACAAUUUAAACCAUUGGAAAUUAUAAAUCUUGAUAAAGACGAUUCGGACGAUAAUAAAAAAACGAAAAAUGCCAUGGAUCAAAAAAGAAUUUUAAACGAUCUACAAUGCAUCAUUCAAGGCAUUCAUGAAGAAAACCAGGAGAAAUCUUUGAAAAAUAAUAUUCUUAAGGAUAAAAACAAUGAAGAAAAUUUAUCAGAGUUAGGAGAUCUACUAGAUGACUGGGAAAACCAAUGUGAGAAACAAUUUACACCAUUGGAAAUUAUAAAUCUUGAUGGAGAUGAUUCGGACGAUAAUGAAAAAACGAAAAAUGCCAUGGAUAGUUAG